UCUGACAGCAGUAGGAAGGUCAUCAUCGUCCUGCCGCAAGCAGCUCUUGUCUUCCUCCUUUCCGCUGCCGGAUUCGUGUCCCGUUUCACUUCCAUUGGCCUGUGUUCCACAUCGAAGGUUUCCACUUGAAGGAGGAUCACUUUGGAUUGGCGUUGCAAUAUAAUGAUGCAUUUUGCCUGCGUGUAGCGCUAUCGCUCGACGAGGAGUCAUCAUUUCACUCACCCUCACCGUCCCAAAGUAUGAGGCUCUGAUCAGCCACUUAAACCGAGGUUUUCCUGAGCUACAUAGAAGAUGUCGACCAUGGUGUAUCCACGGGAAGAGAAGCUCGAGAAGCUGACUCAGGAAGAGAUCAUCUCCAACACCAAGCUAGUGAUCCAAGGUCUGGAGGCCCUGAAGAACGAGCACAACUCUAUCCUGCACAGCCUCCUUGAGACCAUCAAGUGCCUAAAGAAGGAUGAGGAGGCCAACCUGGUGCACGAGAAGUCCAACCUGCUCCGCAAGUCAGUAGAAAUGAUCGAACUGGGCCUGGGAGAAGCACAGGUGAUGAUGGCGCUGUCCAACCACCUGAACGCGGUGGAGUCGGAGAAGCAGAAGCUGCGUGCGCAGGUGAGGAGGCUCUGCCAGGAGAAUCAGUGGCUGCGGGACGAGCUGGCCAACACCCAGCAGAAGCUGCAGAAGAGCGAGCAGAACGUGGCCCAGCUGGAGGAGGAGAAGAAGCACCUGGAGUUCAUGAACCAGCUCAAGAAGUAUGAUGAGGACGUCUCCCCCACUCAGGAGGAGAAGGAUCGAGAAACACCGAAGGACUCGCUGGAUGACCUCUUCCCCAAUGACGAGGAGGAGCAAAGCCAAGGAAUGCCGCACCAACACAACAGUGCGGCCGUGGCCGCGGCCCAACAGGGAGGCUACGAGAUCCCGGCCCGCCUGAGAACCCUGCACAACCUGGUGAUCCAGUAUGCCUCCCAGGGCAGGUACGAGGUGGCUGUGCCCCUCUGCAAGCAGGCUUUGGAGGACUUGGAGAAAACUUCUGGACACGACCACCCCGACGUGGCCACCAUGCUCAACAUCCUGGCCUUGGUCUAUAGGGACCAGAACAAGUACAAAGAGGCCGCUCAUCUGCUCAACGAUGCUCUGUCCAUCCGUGAGAAGACCCUUGGCAGAGACCAUCCCGCUGUUGCUGCGACGCUGAACAACUUGGCCGUGCUGUAUGGAAAGCGAGGGAAGUACAAGGAGGCGGAGCCUCUGUGUAAGAGAGCUCUGGAGAUCAGAGAAAAGGUCCUGGGUAAGGAACACCCAGAUGUGGCCAAACAGCUGAACAACCUGGCUCUGCUUUGCCAGAACCAGGGCAAGUACGACGAGGUGGAGUACUACUACUGCCGUGCCCUGGAGAUCUACGAGUGCCGGCUGGGCCCAGAUGACGCCAACGUGGCCAAAACCAAGAAUAAUCUGGCGUCCUGCUUUCUCAAGCAGGGGAAAUACAAGGAGGCCGAGAUUCUGUACAAAGAGAUUCUGACUCGCGCUCACGAGAAAGAGUUUGGAUCCGUUGAUGCUGAAAACAAGCCCAUCUGGAUGCACGCAGAGGAGAGAGAGGAGAUGAGCAAGGGCAAGCACAGAGACAACACUCCCUACGGAGAGUACGGCGGCUGGUACAAAGCCUGCAAAGUCAACAGCCCGACAGUGAACACCACCCUGAGGAACCUGGGCGCCCUGUACCGCCGGCAGGGUAAACUGGAGGCUGCAGAGACCCUGGAGGAGUGCGCCGUGAGGUCUCGCAAGCAGAGCAACACAGGCGUCGACCCCAUCAACCAGACCCGCGUGGUGGAGAUCUUGAAGGAUACGGACGGCGACAGGCGGAGGAGCCGGGACAGCCUGAGCAGCGUUAAGUAUGAGAGCGGCACCGAGACCGGCGAGGAAGUGAGUAUGGGCGUGGAGUGGAACGGGGCCUAAGCCGUCGAGAUUAUUCCUCCAUCCUUCUCUCCUUCCCCGACCUGAUAGCAAAGAGGAGUUGUCGUUCCCUCUGGCCUCCUAUGUCCCAAGCAAAGCCAACAAGUCCUCUACCAUUCCCGGUGCCCCCCCCCCCUCUCAACUGUCACCUCUGUCCCCCUGCUCGCCUGACAACUGCUGGGACGUUUGGUCUUCUUAUCUCCGCUCCCCCCCCCCCCCCCCUCUCUCUCCUUUCUUCUUACUAACUCUUGUGUCGUGGCAGUGAUCGUUGCCUCUCACCUAAUAGAAAAAAAUCAAAUAAAAAGUCAUUGUCUUUUAGCCCACGAGGAAGCCACUCGCACAUUUCUCCUCUCUCCGAACGCCCAUUUGUAAUCUAUCAUUGGUGCACUGUCCAUUUUUUUCUUUGGCUAGAGAAGAGGACCAGGGAAGUAUGUUAUUGGGAGGAGGCAAAAGAUGAAAGCUGAAAGAGAUCAAUGUGACCCUUUCAAGGCAUCACACCCACACAGUCAGAUGACAGAGUGACAUUCACUCCAUCAGAACCAAACACUGUUUGGAAUUCACGGUACUGCGUAGUUUCACAUGCUUAGUUCGAAAUGAGAAGGGAGCAUUAGUUGUUUUUUAUCGAUACAUUUUCUUUCCUUUUUUUUAUCAUAUUGUUUACAUUUUUUUUGUCUUUUUUCUAAUGUAGAUUUAAUUAGUGGCUAAACAUGGCAGCAGACUGCCAGCGAAUGCAAUACUGUCGCCUCUGCUGGACGACCACAAGAGUCCACAUUUGACAGCAUAUUGGUCAGUUCACAUCAAGCCGUCGUUGCCAUGGUAACUUGUUUUCAAGUCGCUCUGACUGUGCGGCAGUGUCCUUGAUUGGAUAAUACGGUGGCACAGCAUGUACACGGUUAGCUUGCAUUUACAAAGGAAUCGGCAGCAUUGGCUGCACAGACCAGCCGCUGCAUUCAGCCCGGAUAACAGCAACCGGACGGGUUGCAUAGUAACAGCAGAUCUUAAAAUAAUCAACUGCGCAGAAUUUGCCUUUUUUCUUUGUUGGUGCCGGAGUAGAAGCUGGUGUUCUUAGUCAAUGGAAGCCUGGAUUCCAGUUGUUUUAGUGUGUAUUUGUGUAUGUUUUGGUGGUACCGUCAGUGCCCGAUAACGCUAUUGGAUACUGUAUUUUAAACUCAAAGCUUGAUGGAGUGUGUUGCCUUUUUUUUACAGUGCAAAUCCACAUUGUCACUAGUGAAUCUUUAUUUUACACUCGGAAAUUCAAAGUGUGAGUGUUUUCCCUCAAGAUCAAUACGUUUCAAUAUGUUAUAUUUCAGAUGUUUAACUAACUGAAUGUAAAAUGACUUUAACAUCUUUCAAGUGUAAUUGUAGGCUGUAUUUAUAGAUUUGAGUGCAUUCACUAUACGGCGUUUCAGUUUGCUACUUGCCUUGAUCCUUCAUUCCUUCCAAUGAGUACUCCUAUACUUCUGAUGCAACUCUGAACAAAAGAAUUGACAAUGUACAUCACAUAAUUAUGAAAAUAUUGUUGUUAGUGGAAUGCUUAUUUAUUGAACUGUUUAUUCUUGACAUACAUACAUAUAAAUAUAUAUAGUGUGUGACUUCACUUUCCUAAAGCGGAAGAACAUAAAUGGUCUAUAAGCACUAUCUUAGUAAGUAGGACUGCAUUAAAUUUACCAUCCUGCAUUGUGAAGAUUCAUUGCUUCAACACUUGUUGGUAUUCUCAAAUAAAGUUUUUCAUUUGUGGA